AUGGCGUUCAGAAUUACUUUGACUGAAGGAAUUGUGGGAGGAUUCAAACCUGCUACGAUAAGACGCAUGAUUAGUAUAGCUGAUGAAAAUGGUGAGGUGAUUGUUCGUUCUUCAACUCUCAAGAGUCGAGAUGAUUACAAUGUUAUGCAAGGUACAUUAACAAGUCAACAAGUUGGAACUCUGGUAAACGAUUUAAAAGUCGGUCUUAAUGAUCUUCCAACCGAAAUGACUAGUGGUGGCCAGGACAUUUAUGGAAUGGACACUUCGAUUAGCUUUCAAUCGAAUGAUUUCGAGUGGCGCAAUGGAGGGUCGGGAGGAUGCACUAAUGAAGAGUCCGAAAUUCAACCAACACCUGUGCAAAAAGCUUUAUUCCAAGAAUUGGUGCAAAAAAUCUUGUCAAUUAGUCAACAGUACGCCGUGCAAUCACAAAAACUUUACGAGCAGUUUAAAAUGGACAAGCUAUUUCAGUGGUCGGUGGAAAACAGCGAAUCGUCGAAUGAGACACCACAAACUUUAAACAACUUAGAUCCCGAAAUUAUUGAUCAUAUAUUGGGAAAAAGCGAUGCUGUGCGAAUGAAAGAGAUAGUUGAAAUCGUAUUAGAUCCGAAAGAAACCGUAGAUAGUAAAGAAAACGCGCUUGAUGAUUUGGAAAUGCUUGUAGAGCAAAUAGAUAAUGCUAACGACAUUGAAAACAUGAAUUUAUGGCCGAAAAUUCUUUCAUUCCUCUCACUUCCCGAAGCGUCGCUCCGAAAACAUGCCAUAUGGGUAUGUGGUACUGCUGUUCAGAAUAAUAUUCGAGCGCAAAAGGCCUUCACGGACAAGGGUGGGCUUAAAAUCUUGAUGGACAUUUUGAAGGACUCCCAUCAAGACGAUGAAGUCAGAAGUAAAGCUCUGUACGCUAUUUCCGGGACCAUCAAGCAUAACGCACCCGCGUUGGCACAAUUCGAGAAAGAUGGGGGCUAUGAUGUAUUAUUAUCACUAUUGGCGACUUCUGAUGACCUCUCGAUACUUCGCAAGACAGUAUUUCUCUUCAACACCUUAUUAAUUCAAGAUCCAACCGUAGCAACAACACAAAUAAAAGAGAAAUCAAUUAACAAACAAUUUAUUAAUUUAUUGAAUAAACACGGUUCAGGCGAUGAAGAUUUGGUCGAUAAGAUAUUUCGGACUUUUCUUGCCGAGUUUCAACAUUCAUUGUCUCUCACUGAAGAUGAAGUUAAUGAACUAAAAAACAUUCUACCAGUAAUGAAGAAAAAAUAUGGUGAUAAUUUCUUAAGUUCUACAGAAUGGGCAGAACUAGAAUCAAAGAUCCAAUAA